CCAAUUGUAUAGUUUAAUUCAAUCGGUACAGAAAGAACACAACGAAGGACGACGACUUCGACAAUUCAACGAAUCCUAUUCCUUUUUCAUGUGUUAACCGGACCCUUUUCUUUUCAUUCGCUUAAUUUCAACUCUCAAUUCCUGUUCAUCUUUUAGGGUUUUCCCUUUCGAUUUGGGUAAAGGAUUGAUUUAUCUCGAUGCGGAUGCUUAAAUGGCCGACCCUCCGUUUCAAUUCUUAAUAAUCACCUUCACCUGCAACUUUGUUCCUCAAAUUUCGACUUACCCAUUUCAAUUCGCGAUGAAAUUGUUCAUGGGUCGUCAAUUUCACUCUCACUCUGCCUUCGACGUGGCUUCCGAGGCCUUCUCUGAACACCUUUCUCAUUUGAUCGUUGUUAUCUGACUGUUUGCUGUUUUCAGUUACUGGGUUUUCAUCCUCUCUCUCUCUCUCUCUCUCUCUCUGUCUCUUUUUUAUAUCUUUUUCGAGAUUCCUCUUUCUUUUUUCUUUCGUCUUUUUCCAUUGCGAUGAGUUGCGGUUCGGAUUUGAUGAUGUCUGGGAAUUCUGAGGCGGAUGAUCGUGAGAUUGUUGAGAAGGAUCCAUCAGGACGGUAUAUACGGUAUGAUGAGAUUUUGGGUAAAGGGGCAUUCAAGACAGUAUACAAAGCAUUCGAUGAAGUUGGUGGAAUCGAAGUUGCUUGGAGUCAAGUGGACAUUGAAGAUGUUUUGCAAUCACCAGAACAACUUCAAAGAUUGUAUUCUGAGGUCCAUCUGUUGAAGUCAUUGAAACAUGAAAAUAUCAUCAAGUUCUAUAGCUAUUGGGUUGAUGAUAAGCGUAAGACUAUCAACAUGAUUACAGAAUUGUUCACUUCUGGGAGUUUGAGGCAAUAUCGAAAGAAGCAUAGGAAAGUUGACUUGAAGGCCUUCAAGAACUGGGCAAGGCAGAUACUACGAGGUUUAACAUAUUUGCAUGGUCACAACCCUGCAAUCAUUCACAGAGAUUUGAAAUGUGAUAAUAUAUUUGUCAAUGGGAAUACUGGAGAAGUUAAAAUUGGAGAUCUCGGAUUGGCAAUUGUCAUGCAGCAGCCUACUGCUCGAAGUGUAAUUGGCACUCCAGAGUUUAUGGCUCCAGAACUUUAUGAUGAGGACUAUAAUGAACUUGUUGACAUAUAUUCUUUUGGCAUGUGCAUGUUGGAAAUUGUUACUUGUGAAUACCCAUAUAAUGAGUGCAAAAAUUCUGCCCAAAUAUUCAAGAAGGUUACUUCUGGUAUAAAACCUGCUUCCCUUGAGAAGGUGCUGGACCCUCAAGUUAAGCAAUUCAUAGAGAAGUGUCUGGUUCCAGCUUCUAUGAGAUUACCUGCAAGUGAACUCUUGAAAGAUCCUUUCCUUGCAACUGAAAGUCCCAAGGAGCAUAGUUCUGAACUUUCAAGGUUAUUGAAUGAGCAGUUCAAAUCUGCAAAUCCUCCACUGAUUGAUUCUCAUCCGAUGGACACAGACCCUAACUGCAGCAAACUGUCAGGCUCAGUGGCUUCAUCUGUCAAAAGCAAUAAUGGAAUUUCUCACUUUUCAACUCUAGAACUUCAGAGGCUCACCGAGAAUAAUGUAUUGACACUGAAAGGGGACAUGACUGAUCAUAAUACGAUGUCAUUCCAUUUGCGUAUAGCUGAACUAUAUGGUAAAUCUAAGAAUAUCCAUUUUGCCUUCUAUCUCAACUCUGACACUUCUUUGGCAAUUGCUUUGGAGAUGGUUGAACAACUUGAACUGUCAAAUGAAGAUGCGACUAUCAUAGCAAAACUAAUUGAUGAACUAAUUGCCAAGUUUGUUCCUAGCUGGAAACCAUGUCCAAAUUAUUGUGAAGAACAAAAUACUCCAAAUAGUUCUUCUGAAACUCCAGAGGAAAAGACUUUCAUUCCUCCUUUCUUCUCUGAGCUGGUACUGUCAUCUCCCAUGGUUGCUGCUGCUGCUGCAAGGAAUAAUCCAAGGGAUUUGGACAAGGUCGAAGAUCAAGAAAACCAGCAGUCGAUUAUUUCGUGUGCUUCCGUGGAAUACAUUUACUCAACUGUCUCAGAUUACAGCAUGGGAAAAGGAUCUGAGUGUGGUGAGUUUGGCCACCCUGAAUGCGACAAAGCUUAUAUUAGCAGUGGAACAAUUGAUUUAGAUGCAGAAGGUGUUGGAUCUAUUCCAACAAUGAUCGAUUUUGCAAAACCAUCUCUAAUCUCCUCCUGCUCUGGAAUGUCUAAAGAAUUGAGUUUAUCUAGCUUUUCCACUCUUUCUAUGGAAGAAAGAGAUCACCAAGAUGAACUCAAGAUGGAGAUUGAUGCUAUUGAUUUGCAGUACCACCAAUGCCUUUGUGAACUGUCAAGAAUGAGAGAGGAAGCAAUAGAAAGUGCUAAGAAGAGGUGGAUGUCAAAGAAGAAAGCUACUGGUAUUUGAAGCCCGUCUUUAUACUUUGGAUUUACUACAAGUUCAUUCUCUUUUUCUUUCUUUUCUUGGCAAACUCUUGCUUGCAAAAUGGUCAUUUUUUUGGUUUUGUUUUUUGGUUUUUUCUUUUUAAACUACUGACUGGUAUUCUUUGCAUUCUAUCCAACCAAGUCCUAACUCCUGACUUUUCGACUCUGAUUAUUUUUAAUUUAUACCAAUUCAUUUCAUAGUUUAGACAUUUA